ACAUUUGAGGAAGAAGUUGAGGAAGUGAGACGUUUGGUACUCAAUACGAACCGAAAAUUACGCAUGCAUGAGGUGGAAGCAUUCACUCAAACACUCACUAGAAUUGGUCGCAGUGCAGCAAAAUUGAAAAGUUUCUUUUUCCACUUUUAUGCUGCUAAGCAGUUUCUACCAUAUUAA